AUGUCUGAACCAAGGAGGUACAGAAGUCGCAGCGCUGAUCGCCAGCGCUACGCGCGGCGUGAUUCCUCAGAUCGCGGCGACCGCAGACACUACCGCGAACAGAGUCCCCGCCGUGGAGACUCGCGAGAUCCUGGUGAUAAUAGGCGCAGAGACGGGGAAGACCGACGACGUCGAGAUUCUCCGGACCGCCGGUAUCGUAGUGACCGCGACUACCGCGAUGAUAGGAGACGUGAUUAUCGCGACGGUAGGGCGGACGGUGAUCGGGGAGAUAGGAGGGGUUCCUAUGGUGAAAGCCGGCGAGAGGGUCCUGUGGAAGACGGAGGGAGUGCGACUAGAGAUGAUAGAAGGCAUGUAAGAGACAGUUCAUACCGGGACGAUCGCAUCUCACCACGGCGAGGCGGUAGGGAUGGCCGCCGGUCCGUUACGAGGGGCGACCCUCGUGGAAGGAGAGGGGAUUCGCGCUAUGACCGUGGAGCUGAUCGCCGUGCAGACAGGGAUGACCGCCGGAGGAGGAGCAGCCGUGACCGAUCCUCGGGGAGGGACGAUCGUCGACGCCGAGAUGGGCGCAGGCGCAGCAGGAGCACCGACAGCGCCUGCAGUUUCGGCUCCAGGGUGUCAUUCGGCAGGCCGGAAGAGGAAAACAAUGCGGAGGAAGCGCAAGCUGACACUGGGCCCGUGGACGAGGACGAGCUGCUCAGGCAGGCCAUGGGUUUCGGGGAGUUCUCCACCACGAAGAACAAGCAGCACCUGGAUUCGGACGUUUCCGGGGUCGCCAAGCGCUCCAAGAGGAAGUAUCGGCAGUACAUGAACAGGCGUGGCGGGUUCAACCGGCCCCUAUCGCCCACGUACUGA